AACAACACUGCCGUAGACAGCACUGUUUACACGCCACGGACGGGCGCGAGGCUGGAGGUGGUCCGUGGUGGCAGAUAUAUAAAGCCACUCCGGGAGGCAGGUGUAGGUUUUACAGCAGAUCUGACCAAAGGAAUACUGACUCAAUGACUGUAACGUAAAGGAAGGCAACACUGCUACAAGCUAAUGCUUUUUAUCUACUUAUUAUUUUUAUAAAUAAAUACUAUUUGCGUUCAGACAUAAACUGGAUUAAAAAGACCUGAGAUUAUUUCUUUAUCAUGGAAUUAUGGAUUCUUUUCCCCAUGUUGUUCAUGCUUUGCUCAGGAAUCUUUCACACAGCUGUACCGGCUUCAGUCAGCACGCGCCACUCCAGACCCAAGCGAUGCUCGUGCGCUACUUUUCUGGAUAAAGAAUGCGUGUAUUUCUGCCACUUGGACAUAAUUUGGGUCAACACGCCUGAACGCACUGUCUCUUAUGGACUUGGCAACGCGCCACGGAGGAAGCGCUCAGCGCAACAAACAUCUCGUGCCGCCGACCUCCUGCGCUGCCAGUGCGCACAGAGCACCGACGGCACGUGCAUGUCCUUCUGCAAUACAAGCAACCCGUUAAGGCGUAAAGCAGCGCGUGACAAGGUUCCUACCGCCGGCGGCUGUGCAGAACAAAAGUGCAGAAAAGACCUGGCAGCCAAGAAGUCUGGGGAUCGUAAAAUAGGUGAACUCUCAUUUGCAAGGGCCACCAGGAUGCUCCAGCUGUUUCUGAAGAAAUGGAGAAUGAGGUUGUCCCACAACACUGAAUAUGCUGCCUCCUAGUGGCAGACACAUGGCACAGGACUGUACAAGCUGCACCAAGACAGGGGCUUUCCAAGCAGAGACACCUUGUCCUGAAGCUGCCAGUGAGCGAGCAGAUGCCACACAUCCUCAGAUGCCAAAUCCUUCACACACAGGUUCUCUUGCAAAUAUGGCUUCUUUGGUGAUAGUGUUUUAUAUGUUCUGUUCUUUUUCCAAUCUGUAUACUGAUGUAUCUGUAACUCUACUGGAUAUUUAUUCAAGCAUUUAUGGAAAAUGAAUGCAUUUAAAAUCAAGCCAUAUUGGCCCAACUGAUUGUCAUAUUUCUAUGAAAUGCUGUUAUACUGUAUCCACACUUGUGGUCUGCAUAAUAGGAAAU